AUGUCGUCAUCACGCAACCAACGAGACGAGGCUCUCUAUGAAUCUCAGAAUGACACCAGACUCGACGACUUGCAUUCAAAACUUCGGACGCUGCGACAUGUGACGAUCGACAUACAUAACGAUGCACACGCGCAGAACCGAGAGCUGGAUAAUACGGGAAAUAUAUUCUCCUCGUUCCAAAACUCUCUAUCCUCUUCGUCUCAGCGUGCGGCACGGGCAUUCGGCAUUGGUCCUGGAGGCGUAAAACAGUCUCGGCUGAUAUUGAUGAUUGUUGCCGCCACUUUCUCUCUGUGGGUGGUAUACAGGGCUUGGGCAUGGUGGGUUGGGCCAGUUGCCGCAUAG